AUGAAUUUGUCAGAAACCGGUCACUCCUUCAAUUUAGGACAAGAUGGUUUCACAUCACAUAUAUCUUUGGGUGAUCGUUAUGGGUUCAUCGUGAAUGGCGUUUGUAUAAUCGAAGUUCAUAUGCAAGUUGAUGAAUCAGGAAGGAAAAUCGAUGAUGAUAAGGUUGUCGAAAGCAUUGAGAAUGUUUCACCCGAGGAAAUGAUCUCAACCUCAUCAUUUGGUGAGGUGGUGGAUUUCAGGGACAUAGGAAAAGUAGAGAAAGAUUUUGUUCCUCUUCUCGAACAAGCUUGUUCACGAUAUCCCUCACUUAUUGAUAUAAAGAAGAGGAAAAGUCGAAGAUUUAGUGAAUGGGGUUUCACAGCUUUGGGUAGAGUUCUUCAUUUUCUGAACACCAAAAAGGUGCGAGACAUGGAUGAUGAUACUUGCAAUCAUCUGCAAGCUUUGUGGGAGGAACUUGAGGCAUUUGGAUUUGAUUUGGCAUGGCUAAAACCUCAUGUUGAAUAUGCCUUAGGCAUGAAAAAUCGUGUUGAGAAAGUUCUUGAGGUGAAAAAGUUGGAAGAGAGUGUGAAUGUUUUGAAGAAGAAUGUGAAUACUUUAAAGGAGAAUGUGACUACUUUGGAGGAGAGAACAAAGGCUUCGAGGACAAAGAUGAUUGAUGCAGAGAUAAAACUUGAAAAAACAAAAAGAGAUCUUGAGAAAGCAAAAAAGGGAUUCGAAGAAUGUGAUUUGGAUGCUGAAAUGGGAUAUGGAAAAUCAUGA